CCAAUCGCACUUUCUGUCAAAAAAUUGAAUUGAAUGAUUGAAUGUUGUUUGUUUACACCACAGUCCACAACAUGGUUUGGUUAUAUCUGUAGUAAAAUACAUAGUGAAUUAGACUUAAACAUCUUUAUUUAUUAAUAUUAUCUUACUUUUAAAAUUAUGGCUUCUGCUUCAAGCACAAGUGCAAGAUCAUUAUUUGGGGAAUCUAAAUCUAGGUUGGCUGAUCGAGUUCAAGUAAAUGUUAAUAAUAUUGCCUCUGUUGCCAGACAAAUUCAACGGGGGUCUAAGUCCAGUGAGAUAAUAAUGCAGAGUGUUCGGACGACGCUGGCCCUUCAAGAACAUGCUAUUGAUAAUACCGAAAAUAACAUCAAGAAACUGCAGCUGAUUGCAUCACACCUUGCCUACCAACAGGAGUCGAUUGCCCGCAGUUGCUCUAUGAUUGAAGAAGUGAAGGAACAGGCUCAAGCCAUGCAGCGGUAGCAUCAAUUCUUGUCACUCUACAUUCAUGUUAAUAGACUUAGUAAAACACAAUUUUAUCGUGUUUUAUGUUGAUGUUAAAAUCUAUGAAUUGAUGGUAUUUGAGAUGUAUUGAACUAAUUCAGAAAUAACAUGACAAUUUGCAAAAGUUUAUAUCAUGUACUAUGUUUGCAAAUUACUACUAGGUUUUUUUUUUAGGGAGAGGCAGGAA